UGUUCAAUCGCAAACAAAACUUGAAUUAAACGAAUCGUCGCGCGGAAAGCGCUCGCCAAGCCAAAGAAAACUCAAGUCGCUGUGCGGAAAAGAAAAACAGGGCAGAUACUUAACAACAAAGUAAACAGCGGAUUUUUAGGCAGCGGCCGAAAAUUGUUAGCACCUGUUCGCCUGCAUUCCUGCGCUUCGUUCUGCGCCUGCGUGUGUGUUUUAUUUAGUUUCCAUAUUGUUUACCUCUCUCGCGGGUGUUAUAAAGUUUUUUGUUUUCAAUUCGAAUUAAUAAACAAGUGACUGGAAAUAAUCGACAAUUUGCUAGUUGCAGUCGCAGCAUAUUUUCCUCUCAUCCAAGCGAAAAAAAGACGGGGAAACAACAACAUCAGAAGCAGCAUAAACAUAAACCAAAAAAAACCGGUUAAAGCGGACAGAGCGAGAAAGGCGGUCCAAAUGAGCAAGCGGGACACACAUAAAACGUAAAAAAAUACAACGAAAAGGAGAAAAUAAAAAACGAAAUAACAAAGAUCCACGGAUUUUGGUUUUGUUUUGAAACGCCUAAAAUAAGUGUGUUUUUAUUAUUUAUUUACCCGUGUUAACACCGAGUCUUACCUGUUAAUGCCUUAUCGGCCAUCAAAUCGAAAGUGAACGAGUAAUUUCGAUAUUGCUAUUGCCGAAACUCUUCGCGUGGCCUCUUUCUUAUCGCCAGACCACUUGAACAACAUUAACAACUACCUGUUGCCGCAACCAUCAUUCCCAGGCCAUACCGCAUAACACGCCUUAAAAGCUCUUCAAGAUUUGUGGAUGUUUUCGAUCUUCUGUAACAUGCUCUUAACCAACGGAUAUUGAUUGGUUACAUCAGCAACACUACCCAAAAUGGCAGCCAGCAACAACGGCAACACCAAAUCCCAAGUGGAGCACAGUUCCGAGGGUUGUGAUGAGGUUGACUUUAUAGUGGCCACGCACAACAACAACAACGAUUAUGAGGAUCUGGGCAGCGUGAGUCAAGCGGUGAUCAACACCAAAGCAGCAGCAGCAGUAGCAACAACACCAGCAGCAACAGCAACACCAGCAGCAACAGCAACACCAAACAACGAACCAAACGGCAACACCCUGAAAAAGGCCAAGGAGCGUCGCACCCUCUUUCAUUUUGGCAGCAGCAGCAGCAAGAAGCUGAGUCAGAGCAAGUCACAAGAGAACCAGGAAGCGAGUGGCAAGGAUAAUCCCGCGGCCAUUCCUGCCCCCCUUCCGCCGGUGCCGAUUGGAACGCCACCGCGUCAACACAAGUUCGUGAAGAGCAACAGCCUGGCCAGACUGCUGGGCAACACCUACAAUGCCAAGAAGUUCGAGAAGCAGGAGCAGAAGCGUCUGGCCGGAUCGGAGGGUGGCAAGUUCAACACGUACAGCGGGCGGCGGGGUCGAGCGGGUCCCUAUCUGGAGCGCUUCAAGCGGGUGUCCAAGGAGGACGGCGAUGUGGCCGGCGAGGAUGACACCGUGAGGGUCACAAAUGUCAUAACCCUCACCACGGACUCGCGGGACUUGCUCUACGGCAGCCGGCAGGAGCAUGUGGGUCGCACUGGUGGUCACGAUCAGCAGGAUCAGCUCAGCUCCAAGGCCAUUCGUACGCUCACCCGGAGUCUGGGUAAACUGUGGAGGCGCACCCACAGCGUGGAUAUCAGCACACCGGACCCGGAGUUCAAGGUGUCCUACCUGGGCAAUGUCCUGACCGGCUGGGCCAAGGCAGGUGAGGGUUGUGUGGAGAAGCAGCUGAACACCCUGUGGCGAAAUUACACCCAACACUCCAAACCGGAUGUGAUCAUGCGACUGAAGGUGUGUGCCUCCGGCUUGAAGGCCACCACCCGGCAACACGGCCUCACGGAGUACUGGGCCCACAGGAUCACCUACUGCUGCGCUCCGAAGAAUUAUCCCCGGGUGUUCUGCUGGAUCUACCGCCACGAGGGCAGGAAGCUGAAGCACGAGCUUCGAUGCCAUGCGGUGCUUUGCAGCAAGGAGAAGAUCGCCCAGGACAUUUGCGAUACCCUUAGGGAAAACCUGGAGAGCGCUUUGCGCGAAUUUAAGCGUGAGAAAAUUCUGAAGCAAAACGCUCGCCUGAGUUUGGCCAACGCCGUCUACGACAACCCGAGCUUGCCGCGCCGCAAGAUCAUGCUGAGUGUGGGCGGCAACAACUACCGACCGCCGCUGGAGCGCUCCAAGUCGGCGCCCAAGCUGAUGGCCAUCGAGGAGGCCAUUGGCGAGGAGGAGGGCGACGAGAUCGAGGACACCAACGAGCCGGAGAUGAUGCCCUGCUGUCAGAAAGAUUCGCUGUACCCGGCCAUGACCUUGGGCAGGCGUCGCUGUCGUCGCGGGCAUUCGAUCCGGAGAACGGGCAAGAUUCAGGCCUUCUCGCCCUGCUGCAGCUCGCAUAUGGCCAAGGAUCUGCCCCAGGAGGAUGGCCAGAAGCUGGUGUCGGCAAGCAGUCCCUCCAACGAUGGCUCUGAUUCGGAUGACUUUGAGAAGCUGCUGAAGUUCGACACGACUCUGAGCAACGAGUUGCUGCCGUACUUCGACAUGCAGCUGCACAAGAACAGCAGCCAGAGCAUGGUGAGCCUCAGCGAUCUGAAGGAGCCGGAGGAGGAGGGCGAGCCGCUGAGCCUGCUGCCCACCAUCAACAGCGAUCCCAGCGCGGACCCUGAGGCGGACUACAACGCCGAGGAUCACGAUGUGUCCGCUCCGCGUCGCAGUGGCGUGUGCAGCGACGGGGAGGAGGACUUCCUGGACGAUGCGGACGAUCAUUACUUCCGGCAUGCGGCCAUGCUGACCAUGCUGCACCGGAGUUCGAUGCGCAAGAUGAGGGCGAGUGAGCAGUCAAGCCUUAAGUAUCGCCACCAGGCGCAGUCGUCCAUCUCCUCCAAUGCGUCCAGCUCGACGACGGCCAGCACAUCGGCGGCAGCGGGCGGUGGAUCUGUCCAGCAGGGGCUGGCCAGUCCGGACAGCGACGAGGGAUCCAUAUCCAGCGGCUGCGAGACGGCCAGCACAGUCACCAAUGCGAACCACGAGGAGUACAAUGGCAAGCGGAACAGCGAUUCCGGCCUGUUGGAGCAGUCGCAGCUGCAGUUGCAGGACUUGGAGCUGGAGCAGGCGCAGGUGCUGGAACAGAUGAUGAUCUACCAAAGACUGGAGCAGCAGCUGCGGAACAACAGCGGCGAUGCCACCAAUUACAGCAGCUCCAGCAGCAUCACGCUGAAGCGCAGCAAUUCCGGCAGCGAUGAACUGGACAAACAGGAGGGGGGCGACCAUCCGGACGAGGCCUCCGACAGCGAUGAGAGCGGCUAUGUGGAGUUCCAGGAGAAGGAGCGGCCGGGACAACAGCCGCUCAUCAGCGAGGCCAGCGUGACUCUGGCCAAGAUUGCGCCCGUCAAGCCGCAGAUUCCACCAAAGCCGGCUCCACGUCGCUCGCUUAGCCUCAAUGCGGCCACCGGUGCGUCGGCGGGCUCAUCCGUUGGCCAGGCUCCGGGUACGGCCGUCUGAGAGAAAUGCUUUAAUCACAACGGAAACCCGUCUACAAAUUGUUAUUUCUGCACACCCGUCAGCGAACACAGCAAACACACAAAGUGCAAGAAAUUGAAACCCUAGUUGUAGGUUAGCCAUUAGCACAUAGUUGAUAAGUCAUUUGUUGUUGGUUCAUCGCGAGGAAAACCUAACGAUAUUCCCUCAUUCCCCAUCCCAUCCAAAAAUAAUGAAUUUAUAUUGUACGCCCUUGUAAAUAAAAUAGAAGCCCUACGCACUGCAUGUACUAUAUACAUUUACACGAUUGUAAUUGAUGAACUGUAUCUUACGUACCAAUAUAAAUUAUUAUCCUAAUGAAA